AUGGCCUCUGUAAUCUGUGGCAAACAUCUUACAGAAAGUUUUAUAACUUACGCUCCUUCAAUAUUUAUUCGUGACCAUUUCACUUUUGAAUCUGAAGAAGAUGAUGGUCUCAUAUAUCUUUCAGACGAUCAAGAAGAAGAGUAUUUCAACAGAUUACUUAGAGACUUAAGGGAUUUCGACAUUACCAGUACAUUUCAUAAUAAACAGUUAAUAUCUCAAUCAUUUAUUGAUAAAUUAAUCAAUUUUUUGGAGAUGAGUGAUGAGGCAAAGUCAUUGCUAAAAGAACUUGAUACUAAGGGUUGCGACUUGAUAGUGGGAGAUUAUUAUAGACCAUUUAAUACAACUCCUUUGAUAGAGUCAGCGGCGGGUGGUUACUUCAAUAUAGUUCAUUUUCUGAUUCAUACGGUAAAAUGUAAUGUAAAUAAAGUAGACGGAAGAGACAAAACACCAUUAUAUAAGACAUCACAAGAUGGAAAAACAGAUAUUGUCAACUUAUUGUUACAGAACAAUGCGGAUGUUUCUUAUCUGAACGUUGUUGGUGAAUCUGCAUUGUAUGUGGCCUGUAAAAGAGGAAAUACAGACACAGUUAAUGUCUUACUACAAAACAAUGCUGAUAUCGCUAAAUGUAACAUAACUGGAGAGUCUCCUUUGUAUGUGGCAUGCAAAGGAGGAUAUAUAGCCACAGUGAAACUGUUAAUACAAAACAAUGCUGAUGCUGCUCAGUGUAACCUAAAUGGAGAAACUCCAUUAUAUGUUGCAUGUAAAGAGGGACACACAGAUACUGUGAAACUAUUAUUGCAGAACAAUGCUGAUGUCUCUCAGUGUAACAGACACGGAAAGUCUCUUAUGUCUGUGGCAUGUGAAGGAGAUCAUAAAGAUACAGUGGAAUUGUUAAUACAGAACAAUGCUGAUGUAUCUCAGUGUAACACAUCAGGUGAGUCUCCAUUGUAUAUAGCAUGUUAA